ACUCCACCUAAAGGGAGUGCUGGGCAAACCAGAAGGGGAGGUGGGAAAGCAGGAACAGAGAUGCUGCCGCAAGUGAACAGAAAGCAGGACAACCUGACCAAGCCAACGUUCUCUUGCCUCAGGGAACCUCUGCUCACGUUCACCUACCCCCUUCACCUAGGAUCCCUGCUACAGUGAGUAACUGCUCUGUGCAAAACCUGGAGCCAAAUGCCCAUAUGUAGGUGGCUAAGGACAACCAGCACUGCCCUCUGCCAUUUCCCUGGAGUGGAGUUGAGAAUAGCCUAGCAAAAACAAAACCCAUAUUUGUGUUCUGUGUUUGGGAAGGUUUUCAGAUGGGAUCCUCUCAUAGCCAUCCUGUGAAGCCAUCAGGGUAGCAACUUUAAGAAGCAGCCCACUCAAAGAAUGACCUUCCUGUGUCCCAGGAUACAAACUUAUGGCUAGGUUAGGAUUAAUUUCUAGCUUUGAUUUUGAGUCUCUUCCACUGGCACUAUUCCUCUCAUUCAUAUUUUAUCAGCCUGAUUUUCAGAGAGGAGUGCUGUCAACCAAAGAGGCUUCCUAUAGAAAAGUUCUAUUAAUUGCAGUCACAUCUGAUAUUUUCAUUAAGUUCAGAGAUUGAAGUGGGAGGACAGCCGAGAGAAAUGGACUGUGGUCUGAAUAUGUUAUCAGAGGUAGUGAAGUAACUCCCUAACUACAGUUGGGCAAGUGCUAUGCUGGAACUCAGUAUUGUCAUUUACACAUUCUGUUCAUUUGAAAAUGUGUGAGAUUCUGAGUCUGCCAGCAGAGCACCUUAGAGGAGCAAGACUUGCUUCAGAGAGUGUAGGUGAACUGAUAAAUCACUUUGGCCUACUUGCUGCCUCCUGAGGUAUCUGAAGUCGGCACUGAGUUCCUGUGUCCCUUAGCCUGCUGGGCCUCUGCGGUUUACUUUCUCUCCUGUCUGGUACUAUAAGUCUCGCAGUCUUACUGCCUUCCCUCCCCUGUCACCCCCAGCCCACGUUCCCACGAGGACUGCAGAUUUACUGUACAUAGUCGUGUCUCUCCUGGCCUUCCCAGCUUGGACUUCCUCACUCAGCCCAUCAGCGCUUUCAGGAUUUUUUCUGUGGUCUUCUCCGACAUACUUGUUGACUUUUCCUUUCUGUUUCCUACUUUCUAUUCUAUUCCCAUCGAAUCAAACUCGGCUCUCCUCAUCCUUGCCCCUUCCCCUCUGCCUACUACCCCUAACACUCAUCUGUGCACAGACAUGCACAUUUCUGCCUUUGCUCUGACAACUCCCUUUCAGGUUUACCCUGCUCCUUCCCUCUUAGGCUUUUCCAGUCUUGAUUUCAAGGCAAGUCACUUAACCUCUUAAGCCUGUUUCCCCAUCUAUAAGAUAGGGCUAUUAAUUCCUCAGGAUGGAAUAAAGGUACAAAGAAAAAAUGAAUUUGGACACUCUUUGUAAAAGUGAGUGUACACUUGAAGUAUUCCUCCCCAGCUACCUCCCCCUCCACAUACACACACAUCCUAUUUAGAGUGCUGGGGGUGGCAGAAGUGUGGCGUGGGCCCUGCAGUCUAGCAGUCUACAGUCACACACAGCAGCCCUAACUACGAGACUGUCUGUGAGGAAGUGCCAAACUGAGCUUCGUGGAACUCAGAAGAGGGAUGACAUGUCUUUCCUAGGGUUCCUUCAGUUAAAUAAUGAUGGCUACUGUAAUCCUGUUCACCACCUCUCAGGCCAAUGCUCAUCUGCCUGUUCCCCCACCCCCUGCUGCUCCAGAGCUCAGACCCCUAGGCGCAUGUGAAACUCAGUCACCAGUGACCCUGUGGCCCUCAUCGUUUUGGUCUUAUUCAUGGGCCCAUGUCAAUAUUGUCACAAAUGAGAGGAGGAGGAUCAGUCCCAGUCAUGAGAGUUCAGGUUUGAUUCAAACCCUAGAGGAGAAUUUAAUAGGUGGUAGGAAGGAAGUAUGAACUGAGUUGAGGGGAAAUUGCAAGGCCAGAUCACAUAGGAGGAUCACACUAGUUGAGUUCUCAGGAGUUGGGGGAGUUGAUUCUGAGAUGCUUCCUAGAUUGCUGCUGGGCAAGGUGAUUAAACCUAGGAAGGGCAGGAUAUUUGAUAGCCCAGGAGGAGCUCACUGUAAGAUCUGGCCUACGAAUUAUGUUCAAGAUGAACUGGAAGUGGAGGCAGGUAUCCAAGUGACCCAGUCCCUGAGGAAGUGAACCCCAGUUAAGGUUUGGUUGAGUGGACAGGUGCAAAUGAUUGUGGCUUAUUUAAUCAGAAAAACAGCAUUUCCUGUAUACACUUCUGGUCAGGCUGUUACUUCUUUCCUCCAAGCCUGACUCCCUCAACCCCCUCAGACCUCAAGCUGAAAGACCAAGUGGCUGGAGUCCCUUGAGCUAGGAAUCAAGACCCUGUUCCCUGUUGAGAGCUGCGCCAACGCUUGGUCUCCACCUACGCUGGCCCUCUGCCCUAGGCAGAGAGCAGAAGGAGGUGGCAGGAGCGCAGGAAGUGAGGUCCUCGAUAGAGGACUGGCCAGAGGGCCUUCGGAGAGUUAAAUUCCCAGAGGACAGGUGUGCACAUCCCCAGGAAGGGGCAAGUCCGAGGAGUCCCAGGGCCGAGAGGAGGGAAGGCGAGAUAAACCGUUCCAGGGCGCACGGGGUGGUGAAGCCACCACCAGGGGGCGAUACUAGGGCGGCGGCCCUUGGGGGCGGGGCACGUCAGAUGCCCUCGGGCAGUGUGUCAGCCUUGACCUGUAGUGUGUAGGGUAGGGGCGCGAAAGCAAAGAGCGCCCUUCCCGGCACCAGAUCCUGUUGGCCCCGCCUCCCUGGUCCCGCCUUCCAGGCCCCCGCCCCACCCCCGGCUCCGCCUCCGGCCGCGGCCCCUUCCUCCCGCAGCUGGUGCUGUGGUGCUGUGGGGCCGCGGAGCCGCGCAUCGCAGUCUCUAUGGCCUGGGAUCUGAGCGCAAAGAAAACGGACCUCAGAAAACCAGGACUAGCCCUGCUGUCGGGGCAGGGUGACUCCUUCAGUGACCUACAACCCCUCUGUGACCGCACAACUCCUUCUCACUAUGGAGUUUGUAUCUGAUGCUGACAGGCAGCGUGUCAUCCAUCCCCUCUCCGGACUCUUACUGGGACUCCAUGGCCACACAACUCUGUGAUUCCAUGUCUCCCCAAUUCCAAGACCCUCCCUGGCCCCACGACUCCUGACCUUCUAAGUGACCUACCUAGACCUUGACCCCUGUGACUGUUCUUCCCAUCAUCCCCUUAACUCUGGCCCUGGCUCCCCUUGGGGGUCUUGUUGGUCUGGGCCUCCCCAGGAAGAUGUGGGGGAGGCUCUGGCCCCUUCUCCUGAGCUUCCUCACAGUAACCGCCGUUCCUGGACCCUCGCUGCGGAGACCAUCCAGAGAACUAGAUGCCACCCCGCGGAUGACGAUCCUUUAUGAAGAGCUCACUGGGACCCGGCACUUCAAGGGCCGAGCCCAGAACUACUCAACGCUGCUGCUGGAGGAGGCCUCAGCAAGGCUGCUGGUGGGAGCCCGAGGCGCCCUGUUCUCUCUCAACGCCUACAACAUAGGAGACGGCACCCACAAAGAGAUUCGCUGGGAGGCCUCCCCAGAGAUGCAAAGCAAAUGUCAUCAAAAAGGGAAAAACAACCAGACCGAGUGCUUCAACCACGUGCGGCUCCUGCAGCGGCUCAACGCCACCCACCUCUACGCGUGCGGGACCCACGCCUUCCAGCCCCUCUGCGCAGCCAUUGAUGCCGAGGCCUUCACUUUGCCAAGCAGCUUUGAGGAGGGGAAGGAGAAGUGUCCUUAUGACCCAGCCCGAGGCUUCACAGGCCUCAUCAUUGAUGGAGGCCUCUACACAGCCACGCGGUAUGAAUUCCGGAGCAUUCCUGACAUCCGCCGGAGCCGCCACCCACACUCCCUGAGGACUGAGGAGGCACCGAUGCACUGGCUCAAUGAUGCUGAGUUUGUGUUCUCCGUCCUGGUGCGAGAGAGCAAAGCCAGUGCAGUGGGUGACGAUGACAAGGUUUACUACUUCUUCACGGAGCGUGCCGCUGAGGAGGGCUCUGGCAGCUUUGCUCAGAGCCGCAGCAGCCACCGUGUGGCCCGUGUGGCCCGUGUGUGCAAGGGGGACCUGGGAGGGAAGAAGAUCCUGCAGAAGAAGUGGACAUCCUUCUUAAAGGCGCGUCUCAUCUGCCACAUCCCACAAUAUGAGACACUACGUGGUGUCUGCAGCCUGGAAACCGAUACCUCAGCCCGCACGCACUUCUAUACAGCCUUCACGCUGACCACACAGUGGUCAGUGCGGGAAGACCCUGGGGCCUCGGCCAUCUGCCGCUAUGACCUGGCCGAGGUGCAGGCUGUCUUUGCAGGCCCCUACAUGGAAUACCAGGAUGGUGUCCGGCGCUGGGGCCGCUACGAGGGAGGGGUGCCAGAGCCCCGGCCUGGCUCGUGCAUUACAGAUUUGCUGCGCAGCCAAGGCUACAAUUCAUCCCAGGACCUGCCAUCCCUGGUCCUGGACUUUGUGAAGUUGCACCCACUCAUGGCUCGGCCUGUGGUGCCCACACGAGGACGGCCCCUGCUGCUCAAGCGCAGUGUGCGAUACACACACCUCACAGGGACACCUGUCACCACGCCCGCUGGACCCACCUAUGAUCUGCUCUUUCUGGGCACAGCUGAUGGCUGGAUCCACAAGGCUGUGGUCCUGGGUUCUGGGAUGCACAUUAUUGAAGAGACACAGGUGUUCAAGGAGCCCCAGUCUGUGGAAAAUCUGGUCAUCUCUCCGAUGCAGCAUAGCCUCUAUGUGGGAGCCCCUAGUGGCGUCAUCCAGCUACCACUGUCCAGCUGCUCACGCUACCGUUCCUGCUACGACUGCAUCCUGGCCCGGGACCCCUACUGUGGCUGGGAUCCCAGCACCCAUGCCUGCAUGAUGACCACCACCAUAGCCAACAGGACAGUGCUUAUACAAGACAUAGAGAAAGGAAACCGAGGCUGUGAGGGCAACGGGGACAUAGGGCCACCACCACCACUGAAGACCCGUUCUGUGCUCCGCGGUGAUGAUGUCCUACUGCCCUGUGACCAGCCAUCCAACCUUGCCCGGGCCUUGUGGCUGCUCAACGGGAGCACAGGCCUGAGCGAUGGGCAGGAGGGCUACCGCGUGGGCGUGGAUGGGCUACUGGUAACAGACACCCAGCCUGACCACAGUGGCAACUACAGCUGCUAUGCUGAAGAGAACGGCCUCCGAACCCUGCUGGCCUCCUACAGCCUCACGGUGCGGCCAGCUACUCCUGCCCCUGCCCCACAAGCCCCUGCAAUGCCUGGGGCACAACUGGCACCUGAUGUAAGGCUGCUCUAUGUAUUAGCCAUUGCUGCCCUUGGUGGCCUCUGCCUCAUCCUGGCUUCCUCUCUCUUCUAUGUGGCCUGUUUUCGGGGAGGUGGAAGAGGACACCGACGGAAAUACUCACUGGGUCGGGCCGGCCGGGCAGGGGGCUCCGCUGUGCAGCUGCAGACAGUUUCAGGCCAAUGUCCUGGAGAGGAAGAUGAGGGUGAUGAUGGGGAGGGGGCUGGAGGCCUGGAGGGGGGCUGCCUCCAGAUCAUCCCUGGGGAGGGAGCCCCAGCCCCACCACCCCCGCCACCUCCACCACCCCCGGCUGAGCUGACCAAUGGGCUAGUGGCACUGCCCAGCCGACUGCGCAGGAUGAAUGGUAACAGCUACGUGCUCCUGAGGCAGAGCAACAAUGGAAUGCCAGCAGGGCCCUGCUCCUUUGCAGAGGAGCUCAGCCGCAUCCUGGAGAAGCGGAAGCACACGCAGCUCGUCGAGCACCUGGACGAGAGCUCUGUCUGAGCCCAGCCUCCCAGGAAAGAUGCUCUUCCAAGCCAGCCUGUCUGCCCCAGGCUGGGUCGCUGCCUCCCCAACACAGACACCCUACCUUACCCCCCAUUCCAACUCCAGGCCCUUCUCCCAACUUUUUGAUGUUCCUAUAAUCAAGGGGACAAGACAAGCCCAGCCAAAGCCCCAUUCUCAGCCUCCAUAGACCCAUCUGUGAGCAGCCCAAGCCAACCGGUGCUUCUCAGAGGCAGGGCUCUGCAGGUCCAGAUGGCCUCAAUGUCACCACUCUGCAAGGCCCUAUGUGCUGGAUGGUCCUGAAAACAGACAAGACCUCUGCCAGCCACCAGAGCCACCCGAGCCCUGCGUGUAUUCACACGCGCGCGUGGAAGAAUGUCGAUCAGCUGGGCUGCAGGCCCCCCCCCUUUCUGGUGCAUUCUUGUGUUUCAUCCCUUCUUCUGGACUUUGGGUACCCUCCCAACUGCCACAUCCCACCCUAUUUAGUCCUCUCCUGUAGUCCCAGCCCUGUGUGAUGACCUCUUUGGCAAGAGCUUGGGAACAGGCCAGCCUGGGGAGGUAAGACUACUGCAUCAUUCCCUUUUCUCCCUUACUGUGUAGCCCUUGUUGAGUCAGCCUCCCCACCCCCUUGGUCACUUUCAAAAGUGGCAGUUCCAGGCAUGUCCCUUCCUCAGGCAUAUGUGCUCACAUUUCUAGUCACAUGCACAUUCUGAGCCUCCCCUUGCAGCCUCGGACAUGUGUCUGUCAGGUUUGGUCCAUGAACAUUUCAGGGGAGAGCUUUCUCCCACUUAGCUGUCUUCGCAGACACUUCCUUAGGACGGGUGACCGACACUGCACUCAAUGAGCCAGCCUCCCUUUUGGGGACCAAGCAUUUGCUACCCCUAGACCAGAGCAGGGGGAGGAGAGAUCUGAUGGGAUCUGCACCUGGCACAUGAAGCCCGUUCUUGGAACUAUGCAAAGGGCAGAGGCUGGGAGUUUGGAUGCUUGGCUCCCACCCCUGUCCUACCUCACCGGGACACUUUCAGGGUCCAGGAGCCUCUGAGGUCUCCAGGCGCAUAUGGGACAAUCAAAAUCUGACUGAGCUCCCCCAUUCCCCUUGGGUGAGGACGACUGUUAUUUUUGUAGCUGAGAACGUGGAAUCCCACGGAUUUUUACUGCCCUUCAACCUCUCCCCCUUCCACCCCACAAUGAAUGUAUUUAUUGUGAGGCGGCUGCACUUCUUUAAGAAUGCCCCCGCUCACCACCCAGGCAGGCGGGACGGGCAUGUGACAGAGUGGGGAGCCUGGGCUCAGCUCCUUCUCCCACUGUUGGUUAAUAAAUACCCUCUUUCCCCAA